AACGCAAAACCAUCGAGCAUGCCGCUGCAUCGAUAUACACACGCAAUCCUCUGCAGAAUCCCGUUGUCGCUGCGUACACGGGGUGAGGUAACAUUGGACGAAGCCAGGACGCAGCAUCUGGCCCUGGCGCAGCUUCUCCGCGAGCUCGACAUCGACGUCGUCGAGAUGCCGCCCGACGAAAACUCGCCUCUUUGCGUCUUCGUUGAAGACAUCGCCGUCGUUUGCAAUGGCAUUGCCCUGAUUGCCCAUCCAAGUGAACCGUCUCGCCUCAAAGAGCUUGAUACUAUCAGAGCUGUGUUGAAAAAAGAGCUAGAGAUACCAUUGAUAGAAAUAAGCGACAAAAAUGCUCGCUUAGAUGGUGGAGAUGUGCUUUUUACUGGUAGAGAAUUCUUUGUUGGACUGUCUCAUUUUACAAAUGAAGCCGGAGCACGAGCAGUUGCUGCGGCAUUUCCAGAAUAUCCAUGUGUACCUAUCAAGGUGGCUGAAUCUAAACGUUUAAAAUCGCUGGUUACAAUGGCCGGACCAGAUGUUAUAUGCGUAGGGGCUGGAAAAGAAUCUCAGGAAGUUCUCAAGAGAAUCGAGCGAGAAGCAACAUACAGUUACCAAACAUUGACUGUACCCGAGGACGUAGCCGCGAACGUGCUCUACGUGAACGGCACUCUCAUUCAUCGGUCGGAAGACGAAAUUCCACAAUCAAGUAAGGUGUUUGCUGAGAAGGUGGAGUUCCCAACUAGAUCAUUGCGUUUAUCCGAAUUGGCGAAAGUUAGCUCCGGUUUGUCCUCCUGUUGCUUGUUGGUGCGCAGACCGCGGCAUAUUCGUAGCAUUUAAACGCGAAAGGAGAAUAAGAUCUAUCUUGCGAUGUAAUCUAUGCCACUAGUGUUAUCCGCGAAACAUAAAAUCGAAUUUUUUUCUAUCGAAUCUGUGGAAAAAUACGAUGCAAUUCAUGACGAUGAUAAUUUGUCAUUCCGA